AUGUACUACUGUUACGGCGCAGCCCGAGGAAGCGCCCGAGCAGCUGCUAGGAUGUACCGUGAGCAACUGAUUAGAAGAGAUGGCCCACAACCUGAGGUAUACCCUGACUACCGUGUUUAUUUACGUGUACAAAACGCGUACAUGGAAGGUCACAUACCCGGUUCUUCUCGGCCCGAAGGAGUUCCGAGAAUCGACCCAGAUCAAAUCGAACAAAUCUUGGGAGAACUACAAAGAGAUCCGUCGACAAGUACGAGAGCAAUUGGCCGUCGCACAGGCCUAUCUCACAUGUCUGUGCACAGAAUUCUGCAAGCAGAGGGAGUGCACCCUUACCACGUGAAAAAGUUCAAGAUUUACUACCUGCGGACUAUGCAUGACGAGUGGCCUUUUGUCAAGACAUGA